AUGUGGCCUGUGGACGAAGAAAUUACUUGGACUAUAUUCAAGGAACCUUUCCGCAAGUACCAUAUUCCCGCCGGUAUUAUGAAGGUCAAGCAGUGCGAAUUCCUCGCUCUCACCCAAGGAAGUCCGUCAACUCUGGUAAACAAAGCCCUCAUUGUAGAAAGGGAACAGAAGCCCGUGCAUGACAACAGGCCCACUAAUAAUGAUCACAAGCGCAAAUUCGAGCCUAAGAAGGAUGGACAACCAGUGCAGAAGGCUCGUACCUGGCAGCAGACUCAGGUCGAGUACAAGCCCAAUUGGCAGCAGAACGUGAACAAGACCACUACUCAAGUCAAGAAUGUCGUGACCAGCCCGAUGCGUGAAGAAUGUCAGCACAACAAUUCAUGCUUCAAUUAUGGGCAAACCAUACACUAUGCCAGACAGUGCCCCAAGAACGGCAAGCCAAAUGCUCCAUCCAGGCCGCAAGUCAACCACAUGGAGCUAUAUCUUGCCCAGAAGACCAUCCAAGGGCAAGUUCACCAUCUCUCCGCAAAUGAAGCCCAAGAGGACCCAGAAGUCGUCAUUGCAGAAGGCAUAUAUGUGGUUCCAAGUAAGGUGAAGGACGUGCUUGAUUGGACGGCACCCACGACAGUAUUUGAGAUCCGAAGUUUCCUUGGACUAGACGGAUACUACCGCCGCUUCAUUGAAGGCUUCUCUAAGAUUGCCAAGCCAAUGACAGAGCUCCUCAAGAAAGAUAAGAAGUUUGAAUGGACUGAGGACUAUGAGAAAAGCUUCAAUGAGUUAAAGACUAGGCAGACAACAGCACCUGUGUUGACCCUGCCAGACAUCUACCGUACCUUUGAUGUAUAG